AUGCCAGAAGUUGCGACGUUCCUUUUGAUACUGUAUGUGCUGUAUGAAUCUGAGGAUCAGAUGCAGAAAAUGCACGUGCAAGAAUGGUUAUCGAAAGAAAGAGUGUGGGUGACUUUGCGCCGUUGCGAUGGAUAA